CCCGGAAGCAAAGCUGUCUGCAAGAGAAUACCAAUACUUUGGGCGUUUUCUGAGACCUCUACCGUCUUUCUUAGGCUUGGAUCAGGGGUUUUGCUGGGAUUAUACUGUAUAUGGCUCUCUUCGAAUGACAUGGAGCUGCGGACUUGUUUGUCCACCCCCUCCUCCCCCUUGACGGGAUGUCGGGCCACUGCUCCACGAUGUGGGAUGCCCAGCAUCUGAACUUUUAUCUGAGCAGAUGGGUGUUGGACAUGAGUAUAAGAAACGCCUCGAAUCCAGCUAAUAUCCCCUCUCUCUCAACAAGCUUCUCACUUCGUCCUUCACUUCACCCGCAUUGCUCUCCAGCUCCUCCCCUUCUUUGACCCAAUUCAUUCUUUGCUCUGUGAGCUGUUCAUCCAUUCUUUCACCACUUCAUCUACUUGUUUUUGACAAACAACCCACACAACCUCUCAAGAUGUACACCAAGGCUUUCCUCGCUGCGCUGGUCGGCGCCACCGCCGUCUCUGCCCACGGCUACGUUGAGACCAUCACCGCCGGCG